UAUACCUGGGUUAUAAAGGUGCCAAAAUCCCAUGCCAUUCCCGGUAAGUUCAUGGCUAACAUUAUUUAAAUUUAUAGGAAAUGAUCAUUUGAACAAAUUGACGAGAUUAAUAUGCCUAAAUGUAACCAUUUAUUAAGCUGCAAACGCAUACUAUUGUCACUCGAACUCGAUCAUAAAUGGGCACAUACAAAGUGCAGGGCACCAACAUUUUCGGUCAAAUAUCUGAUAUACGUGGUAAAAUCGAUAAAAGCUACUGGGUCUGAUACUAAAUUAAACCAUCAAAGAUUUGGGCCUCCCCAAGUCCAUGUCAAUUAUCAAAUACUCCACCUCGUAUUCUGGUAUCCAUCUCACAGCCACUGCAGCCUGCACCGUUGGUCCACGGGUUUUCUCGAGCUUGUCUCGAAGCUCGCCCAUACGUUUUCAUACAUAUUGACAUGCAUAUCAGCACAAAACCAUCGGCUAAUUUCCAACCCAGUCACCAUUCACACACCCUACACAAUGGCUGCUGAAAUCCCAACGUACGUGUUCUGUAUAUAAACCACUGAACAACACCUGCCCAUGGCGGUAUUGGCCGAAA